GGAUAUGAUUGGCUCAGCUGUUAUGGGCUCUGAUAACGAGGCGACGAUCUCUAAGUUCAUGCCAGAAAGGUUAAGAAGAUAUGCCUUAGGGGGAUACAAAUGGGGAAAAACUGACCUGACGUUCCGAUUUCUGAGUUAUACCAGUGACAUGACGGAUAGUGAGCAGAGGGACGCCAUCUACCGAUCGUUCAAGCAUUGGAGUGACGUCACUCCUUUGACGUUUACCGAGGUUUCCAAUGGCGAAGCAGAUAUUCUUAUAGAGUUUGCAACGGGUGUACAUAGCGAUGGUCCAGGGGCUGCAUUUGAUGGCCCUGGUGGAACGCUGGCGCAUGCGUACUUCCCUGAAGAUGGCGACAUGCAUUUUGACGACGAUGAGUAUUUUACAGUGAACUCCGACCAUGGCAUCAACUUAGAUUUCACGGCGACACACGAAUUAGGACACAGUCUGGGAUUAUCCCAUUCAGGAGACCAGAACGCCAUCAUGUAUCCAUUCUAUCUAGGAUACGUGCCAGAUUUACAACUCAAACAAGAUGACAUCAUCGGCAUUCAAACUUUAUAUGGAUCGAAUGAAGCCGAUGUCAUAACCGACGGGACUCCAGUAGACCCAGGUGCACCCGACGUAUGUACGAGUGACUUCGAUGCCGUUCUUACAGACUACGACAAAAACACACUGGUUAUUAAAGGGCUGUAUCUUUGGAAGCUGCAUGGCAACGACGGUGUGGUGUCUGGAUACCCAAGGAGACUGAAGGAAGAAUUCCCCGGUCUCCCCGGCAAUAUCAAUACUGGGUUCACAUCGUUUUGGUCCGGAAGAACGUUUUUCUUUAAAGGUGAUCGAUUUUGGCGUUUUUAUGGCAGCGAGCUGGAAGCUGGUUACCCGAAAAACAUACAAGGUACUGGACUCCCACGGAACCCAGAUGCAGCAUUUGUCUGGUCUGGAGACGGCAAAAUCUACAUUUUCAAAAGAUCGAAAUAUUACAUCUGGAACGAGAACGAUGAGAAAGUGAUUCCCGGCGGUGUCCGGUCCAUACGUAAACACUGGGCAGGAAUUCCAAGUAAAAUUGACGCAGCGUUUAGUUGGGUGGAUGGUAACACUUACUUCUUCAAGGGUAAUUCAUAUUGGCUGUUCAACGAUAUGGAAAUGAGGGUGGAAUAUGGGUACCCGAAGGACAAGUCAGAGGACUGGCUCAACUGUAACUAA